UCUACCAGCUCAGCCCGACACGGGGCCCCAUGGGGCUGCGGAGAGCAUAGCUGCUGUAACUGUAGGACAAAGCGGUUUGCCACCGUGUCAGUCCUGCCCCUGCAAACGCUGCACCACCACUGGAGAUCGCCUCAUUUGUUUUUGUUUGUGCUUGUGUAUGGGAGCACCCGUUCUUCCUCGUCCACCUCAUCGUCCUCGUCCUCCUCUCCAGGCAUCUUUGGGAAUGGGCCAGCGCCUUGCCAGGGUGCAUCUCUCCACCCGGUGGCGUGGCUGGCGUCGUGUGAGAGUGAGGAGGGCAGCGACCAGGUCGUAGAGUCCACCCACCCCUCUCUCCGCUUGACUUGCUCCCCCACAAGUGACUUUUGACCUUCAACUCAGCCGUGACUCCGCCGCGACCCCCGGCCCAGCCAUGCCCUUCCGGCUGAAGCCGUGGCGCACGCGACGCUACAACGUCCUGAGCAAGAACUACUUUGUGACGCGGAUUCGUCUGCUGGACAGCAACGUGAUUGAAUGCACUCUGUCGGUGGAGAGCACAGGACAAGAAUGUCUGGAGGCGGUGGCCCAAAGGCUGGAGCUACGGGAGACCCAUUUCUUUGGGCUGUGGUUCCAGGGAAAGACACAGACCCCGGCCCAGCGCUGGGUGGAGCUGGAGAAACCUCUCAAGAAGCAGCUGGACAAGUUCGGCAAUGAGCCGCUGCUCUUCUUCGGUGUCAUGUUCUACGUGCCCAAUGUUUCCCGGCUGGAGCAAGAGGCCACAAG